GAUAUGUUGCAGCUGGAGCCUGAGCAGGACCAGAAUCUGCAGCGUGAGCAGGAUGAGCAAGAAACGGCUCGCAUUCGACAUGAGGAUCCUCAAAUGCCCACAUCUCUGCAGUUUUCAGAGGAGAACAUCUCCGUACUGAGUCAAGAGAACAUGGUCUUCAAGUUAAAUCACUGGAAUGCAAAGAUGGGUCUACAAGUGAAAGAACGUGGAAUUGAUCACAUAGACUGGAUGGAGAAAAUUAACAAUAUCAUACGAAAAAUAAGUGUAACAGAAAACACAAUGAAGAGCUUGUUAAGAGAGGUGUUGUCUCUCGAGAACCAAAUUGAAAAGCUGGAGUCCCACCAGGACCUCGACCCUGAUCAGGAAGCAAACACUGAGGUAAAUGCUUGUAAUGAAGCUCAAGAAUUAAAGGAGAAACUCAUUGAGAGAGUGGAGGUAAGAUUUUUAAUUAUAUACAUGUUCAAGCAAUAAUAAAAUGAUUUAUAUCUAAAUACAGGGACAAUUCUUUCCCUAGACAUUGAGGGUACUUGACAUACUGGUCUCUUUCCAGCCUUAUCACCCUCUUCUCCCCUUCCUGGCCCUCUGCUUUGGGCCAACAGAACAUCUCACAAUUCUGGUAUACGCCUGAACUCUCAUACCCUUGUGCUGCUUCCACUUUCAUUCCUUCAUCUGGUGCUUAUUUUCUAUGUCUACAUAGUACCCAUUCUUCAAGGCUCAACUCCAAUGUCAUCUCCUCCUCCAGACCUCCUCUAAUCUCCCCCAGAUUGGGAAAUGAC